AUGGCCGACGAGCAGCGCGAGGAGAUCGCCGACUACCUCCAGCAGACGCACGACCGUGUCUUCCAGCACAACCGCACGUGGGCGGCGGAGCAGCGCCAGAAGGACCCGGACUUCUUCCUCAAGCUCGCGGCGGGCCAGAGGCCCGAGUACCUCUGGAUCGGUUGCUCCGACUCGCGCAUCCCGGCCGAGCAGAUCACGGGCCUGGGACCCGGCGAGGCCUUCAUCCACCGCAACAUCGCCAACCUGGUGUGCAGCAUCGACCUCAACGUUAUGAGCGUCAUCAACUACGCGGUACAGAACCUCGAGGUCAAGCACAUCGUCGUGUGCGGCCACUAUGGCUGCGGCGGCGUCAAGGCCGCCAUGCAGCCCAAGGACAUGGGCAUCCUCAACCCCUGGCUGCGCAACAUCCGCGACGUCUACCGCCUGUUCGAGGCCGAGCUGGACGCCAUCGAGGACGAGGACGCGCGCUACGGCCGCCUGGUCGAGCUCAACGUCAUGGAGCAGUGCCGCAACGUCAUCAAGACGGCCGCCGUCCAGCAGUCGUACGAGGCCAAACGCUUCCCUAUCGUCCACGGCUGGGUCUUUGGCUUCAAGGACGGGAUCCUCAAGGACCUCAAGGUCGACCACCAGGGCAUGCUGUCAGAUGUUAUGAAGAUCUACAACCUCAGCAAGCACUGA